AUGAAUAAGGACAGAAAGCCAAUUAGUGUGAUUGCCCUUAUUGUCUCUCUUCUGCUAAGCAUAGCUUUAGGUGAAAAGGACCAGAUGAACCAGAUGUUUAGCAGAGGACUUCGACUUAUUGUAGAUGUUCCACGUGUUCAUGUUGAGCACUUGAUGACCCCGAAGGUGCAUGUUCUUUUACCUGCUGGAGUUGACAGUCGGCGCUCAGAGAAAGUAACUCUUGCAUGUGUCAUUACUGGAUUACAGUCUAAAGGGGUGAAAAUCACAUGGAAGGUAAACGGAGUGACAGGUUUGAAAAAGCAUGUCAGUUCUCCUCAAGUACACAAAGGGCCCGCAGGUACGUUCUCUGCUGUGGGACUGUACUCAGUUCUUGCUCAUAAUUGGAGUCGUGAGAAUGUGUACAGGUGUGAGGUGUCAUACAAAGGACCAUUUUAUCAUAAAAAGGCAGAGUCGUCUCCUUGCAGUCCUUCUGAGGUACUGUAACUGCGUCUUCUGUUGGAGACUCCCAGAUAAGAACCAUCAAAAAUAAGAUCUAUCUGUUGACUGCUGAGCUGGAGGUCGUAUUUCACAUAAACUUUUGAAAGUAAUACAUUCCAAUAUGGAGUUACUUCCCAAAAAAGUAACUA